ACUGGGCUCGGUGUGUGGCGGGUUUGGGGCAGUGUUAUUGGUAGAAACCCUGACACUAGUCAGCUAACUAGUUGUCGUGCGGCUAUAGCUAGCAGCCUGGUUAAUGGGCAUUAGCCCAGUUUAGUGCAGUUCUGCUCAGUUCAGCGGGUUUUCCCUGUUUCAGGGCGGAAAUGAUUGAUUACUGCCGUGGCAUGUUUGUUUAUAGGCGCCACCAUUUUAAACUUUGUGUGAACAUGUUGGUGUUAAAUCUCAUGUGAAGGUUGAUCAGUAAGUACUCGCAGCUCCGGCAGCAACAUGGGCAUCUUAGUGCUGCUUAAUCCCAUGAGGUUGGCGUUUAUUUACACUCACUUUGAAGGGCUGUGGUGUGAGCAUCACGGUGCUGGCUGGGGAAGUGUUUCAGGGGGAGACAAUUGACCAACAUGUGAACUUUCAGAUGAGCUGGCAGUGUUGUCUCCACUUCUGUUUGUGCCCAUCUACUCCCAUGUGGGAGUCUCUCUACUCUUUAUGCUCUUUGUUAAACCCUCUUCUUAACUUUUGAGCUAUUUAUGAGCCGUUUACGUCUUUUAAUCGUCAUGUGCCAUCAGGUUGUUUCUGAUUAGAGGGUGGAGUCAAACUGUAAUGACGACAAUUGAGUUUAAAAAUGAAACCAUUUGUAAAUUCUUGGGGAAUACCAACCAUCUUGUUUAUGUAUACCUGCUUAUGUCAUUUUAUGAGGACAGUCAAGUUCCCACAACGUAUUUAAAGUAUACAGAUGCUACUGACCAGGCAGUGAUUCUCUGUGUGGGCGGAUUCAGGGAGGUGUAGUUUCACUAUGGCUGAUGGGAGCAACGAUGACGACGUCAUUCACCUUGGAAGCUUCAAUGUCCACCGCAGCCAAGGGUCUCGUUCUGGUCCGAGGGAGCUCAUCACCAUUUCGGAUGAUUCAGACGAGGAGCCUGUAGCUCUGGUACCUGACAGUCCGGUUUUAGUCCCGGAUGAUGCAGAUGAUGACGACAUCAGCAUACUGGAGCCACCAACUCCUGCACGCAGGAAUGUGAUUCGCAAGGCAGCUGUAUGGGGGGUCCCCUCGCACAACCCAGUUCAAGUUGUUCGAAGUAGCUCCGCAGUGCCGGCAGGGGACCCCGACUCUGCUCCCUCUACCUCCAGAGAUGCCAACCGACCAGCCCUGCACACGCAGACUGCAGCACAGCCCGGGUCAGCUGGACACGUAUCGCCACAACCGGGCCCAUCGUCACACACGCAGUCGCAGCCAAAGCAUCACACGCACUCGCAGGGUGGUGCAUCGGGACUUACAAGCGUGGAUCUCCAUGCGGUUCCUUCUGCCUACACUCCAUCUACCUCCACAAAUGUCAAGGCUAAUGCCUCCUCAGCGGCGACAGCUGUGCUUCUCCAGCCUCAGCCCAGCACAUCUGGACUGUCAGAACCUCAGCCCAGCACGUCUGGACUGUCACAGCAACAAACUUGCUCUUUAGCACAUUUGUCAAGUCAGCGGCAGGCCGGUGUCUCAACCAGUGCCGCUCAGUAUACGGGUGCGGCUGCGACUGCUUCAUGCUCUUCCGCAAGGACUCAAGAAAAGCCUGCUGAAAACAGACUAACACCAGACGGUACUCAGGCCAGUACUUCAUCUGCACAUCCUCGCUCUCACACACAGACACAGCCCCAGCCCGGUACGUCGACGCAGCUGCCGGCCGGGGCGACCACGUACGUGCAGCCUCACCUCAUCCAGAUGCAGGCGCUGAAGGUAGUUGCUCUUCCACACCGGCCGAUCAUCCAGGCCUCCGUUCUAAGAACGCAGUCCCAGCCGCAUCGUCGAACAGAAAACCCACCGCAGCCCGCGUUGCACAAUCAGAUGCAGGGCAAUCUCAUUCAGAUCGAGCCCCAGCCGCUGGCGCAGGCCCCUGCACAGCCUGCACUCCAGCCCGCUCAACUCCCUCAGAUCAUACCAGUGGUCCCCCCUGCGGUUCUAAUCGCUGCAGCCCCAGAAAGGUUGGGUCGUCCAGAGGCGGGUCAUCGGAUUAUCCUCGGGAGUCAGGCACCUGGGGAGGCCGUCCCCCAUCCUCCACCACAAACAGCACCCACAGCGUCAGUUCCCAUCAACGGAGUAGAGGCCCGUCUCCUUAUAGCCCCAAACGCAGAACGAGCUAAUGCAGCCCCUGCACCUGAAGACAUUCCUCAAAUUGAGGAUGCGAGACCUGGACCCUCUGCACCGCACGGGAGACCAGAGCAGCGGCCCUUUGUUAGAGCGCUCAUCAAUGGUGUCUUGGAUCUACUCCCAGAUGUCCACGAGGCCUAUGUAGCAGAACUGAUCCUAUCGAAUAAUGUGAAAGACUUGAAUGUACUCUGUAACAUGCUCUUGGAGAAUCCGGAGUAUCCGAGGAGGGAGACGGCAGCUGCAGCAGCUCCUACCAGCAUCCUACUGGAGUCAGGAGACGCCCAGGUGGAGGUGACUGAGGAUUUGUUUGACUACGGCAACCUGGGCAUGGUGGGGUCUGAGGUGGUGAUGCAGGCCGCGGACCUGCUCAUGGCAGAUUUCCGGAUGCUCAGCUGUCAGGACAUCAAAUGGGCCCUAAACGCCCUGAAGGGACACUAUGCAAUCACACGCAAGGCCUUAUGCGAAGCUCUGAAGAAGUGGCAGGAAUCGGGCGAUCCGUCAGGAAAGAGGCGGCGGAGCCGGAUCUCCUCUGAGCGCUGCUACAUUGACUUUCAUUUCGAACACGGUUCGGUGAAAUUAGAUAGAAGGAUGUUCUUCUUGGAGAACGACCGGCGUUACUGCAGGACGUACAGCAACCUGGAGGCUUCUGUGCAGAAGGAGCUCACUUUCUACCAGCAGAAGGCCAAGGAGUGGGCAGAGCAUGAAGACUUCCUCCUCGCUCUGCAGGUGAAUGAAGAUGAAUAUAAAAAGGACGGCCAGCUGAUCGAGUGCGGCUGUUGCUACGGAGAGUUUGCCUUCGAGAAGAUGACCCAGUGCUCGGACGGUCACCUGUUCUGUAAAGAGUGCCUGGUCAAAUACGCUCAGGAGGCCGUGUUCGGCUCAGGAAAGUCGGAGCUGAGCUGCAUGGAGGGGGGCUGCCCGUGCUCCUACCCCAUGUGUGAGCUGGAGAAGGUCCUGCCUGAGAACAUCCUGUGUAAAUAUAACGAGCGGCAGGCGGAGGAGGCAGUCGCUGCCACCUGCGCCGAUGAACUCGUGAGGUGUCCGUUUUGCAACUUCCCAGCCUUGCUGGACAAAGGCAUGUCUUUGUUUAGCUGUCCCAACCCCCGCUGCCGCAAGGAGAGCUGCAGGAAGUGCCACGUGCAGUGGAAGCAGCAUGUGGGGAAGACCUGCCAGCAGGUCCUGGAGAGGGAUGAGAUCCGGAUGAGGGUGCUCUUCGAGGAGCGCAUGACGGCAGCCCGGGUACGGAAGUGUGUCAAGUGCGGGACGGGUCUAGUGAAGUCGGAGGGCUGCAACCGGAUGUCGUGCCGCUGCGGCGGCUUCAUGUGCUACCUCUGCCGAGAGCCCAUCACCGGCUACAACCACUUCUGCCAGCACGCGCGCUCCCCCGGCGCUCCCUGCCGCCACUGCCGCAAGUGCUCGCUGUGGACCGACCCCACGCAAGAUGACGAGCGGCUCAUCCAGGAGAUCCAGAAGGAGGGAGAAGCCGAGCUCAGCAAGAAGAGCUCAGGUCAGUCGGAAAACGAUACGGCAGGGAAGAGGGUGGGCCCGCCCCCGGAGGCCAUCACAGACACCAAGCGUCACCGCGUGGGUCCGCCGCCGGAGAACCCCCCCAACCUGAACCCCCCCGCCCCCCUGCACCCCCAAGCGGUACAAGCCCCUCUGUUCGUCCCGCCGCGGCCCCGCUUCCCCCCGGCGCCGCAGCAGGGCCGCAUCUACCGGCAGAUCAUCAUCCCCCAGAUCCCCCCGGCGCCCUACGUGCCCCCGCUGCAGCACCUGCCCCCCCUGAACAAUAACAACAACCAGCACGACCACAACCCGCCCUUCAACCCCCACCACCACAACCUGGACCUGCCCAUGCACUACGGCCCCCCCCCACACUACUACCGACGCUACUAGCAGCGCCGGCCGGCCGGAUCGGCCCGUCUGUUCAUGGUUGAUUUCUGUUCCCUCAUCGUUCUGAUGCCUUUUGCAUCCAGUCCUGUUUAAAGAGACUUCAGUAAAAACACGGAUGAAACUCCUAAAAAAAAUAAACCUUUUUUCACCUUUAUCUUUUUGAAUACUGAAGUUGGACUGACAGACAAUUGAGGAUCUUGACAGUUUAUUUCCGGUUUAUACAGAUAUUUUUAGUAAAUAAAUAUAUAUAAAAAAUAAAAACUUGUUAGCAUUCCCUGCUGUAACUUUGGUCCAAUUUGUGUGAGACGACGGCUUUUUAAUAAAGUUUUCUGUU